AACCAUGGAAACCUUGAGGGUGUUGGGGGCGGCGAGCCGAGUCCCCGCGAGGACUGCAUCGGAGGGGGUGUGAGAGAGGUGGUAGGAGGACCGAGGGGGGAGCGGGUGAUGAAGAGAGGAGUGAUGGCAAGAGGAAGACGGAUAAAGAUCCAAGGCGUAUCGGUGGCAACUUGGGUGGUGUGGCCGUGCCUGGCCUGUGCUAUUCACACUGGGCAUUCUGGCGAUCGUCACCCAUCUUCCAUCAUCCCUCAUCCAUCAUCCAUCAUCCGCAACCCACGUAGGCGCCUUGCACUCCAGCUCUCAGGCGGUCAGGCUGCCACGGCAAGGUGGUAGACGGACUACCCGAGCUCGGUGGAAGCGGCGUCGUGGAGAAUGCCGGAAGGAACGCAGUAUUAGCGGAUAGAAUGACGUCCAAUGGUCUAUGCAAGGACGAUUGCUCAGAGAAAU